AUGGUCCGCGUCAGCACGAUGGCCGGCGAGCUCUUGGAAAGCUGCGCGCCUUCUGCUUUCCAGAGCGUUGGGGAUCUGGCCGCACACGUGGCCUGCAAAAUGAAGGCGCCAAUGUGUAGCCUGACGACUUCCGCGGGCGAGAAGCUCUCGCCGCACCUGACACUGGAUGCCGUGGACGAGGAGCUGACGGCUGUGGCGGAGUUCGUGGAUCCACUGCUGAUCAUGCUUGAGCUGCAGGAGCCGGAUGGAAAACUUCUGUGGCCCAAUCUAGAGGAGCUGCAGAGAGCUGCUGCGAAGGCCGAGGAAGAGCUGGUACGAUGCGCGUGCGGUAUCCGCGCCCCAGGGCACCUCUGUGGCAUGCCUUCGCUUUCCUGGACCGACCCGACUGUGCCCGCCCCUCCCAUGUUCCUGCAGGAUUGCGAUGCACUUUCGAUGGUUCGAAUGUUCGGAGCGCCGACGAAUCUUGGGUGCCCUAUGACUGGUGACACUCCGGUGAUCCACGCCGGAGCUCGCGUAGUGGUCGUCGGCGAGCAGGGGGCAGGCGAGACCAGGAAGCAGACUGUGCACAUAAGAGAUGCGCCGAUGACCCUGGAUGAUCUGCAGGCCAUUCGCAUAGACCGCCCGGACCUCGACGAUCUGAAGAAGGCCGUGGCGCAUAUCGACGGUGAAGUCAUCCACCCGACGAUGAAACUGGUGUCCUAUUCCCGGUAUGAGAUUACGUUCCAGCUUGGUCAUGAACGCUACAACUGGGAAGACCUGUGA